GUAAUCAGGGACACAAUUCUUUAUUACGAUAAGCAAGAUCGGAUGAAAAUUUUCAACUUCUAAAGAAAGAAUUCCGUUUCCACGACGUCUGGGACAAUUUGCACACAAAUUUGCAGGUGUAUUUCUCUUGCUAUUUGUUAAAAAGACGAUGAUGAUUUCGAUCAGUCGGCUACGAAGAACUAUCGCCUUGAGCAUGCUCCUUUUUAACAUCAGUGGAACAACGGGAUAUCCUUCGGGAAUUGAAAUUGUAAAUGCAUCAUUCUGUGGAAAGUAUGAUAAGCCUCCAACGUUUAAAGUUUCGCAUUGGCCUUUCAUUCCCACUGGUGUUCUUGUCAAUUUGAGUGUAACAUUUACACCUGUGGUGAAUGUUUUGGAGGCGAUCUUACAAUACGAAUUGGUCUCAGCAGACGGUGAGGUUGUUUUCAGGAACAGAUACGACCGUGUAUGCAUUUCUUCCCCAGAUCUGUGCAGCUUAUCUGCUGGUGAAACCAAGGUUUGGGUUGGAUCUGCAAAGUUGCCGCCCAUUCCUCCAUUUUUUAAGAAACGAACCUAUAAGGGAAGAGUUCAACUUUUCAAUGAAAAGAACAUAAUGUUUCUCUGUGGUGAAGUUGUUGGAAAGGUACGCUAGAAGACGAACACGAGUCAAGACUCAAGUGAAAGACAAGAAGUAAGGGGGGAAGUAAUUUGCUUAAGCAGGGGAAGACAUUAAAAAAAGUCGUCUUGCAAUCGCUGAUAUUGUAAAACAAGGUUUCAAAAUCUAACGACAAAUCAUUAAAGAUAACUCCGCUCUGUA